AUGGUAAUCAUCGAGAUCAUCGAUCUUUCGCACAUGCGCCCUGCUGCCGACCCUGGAGAUGGUAAUCAUCGAGAUCCAAUUCGCCCAAGUAGCCGUUUCAUUCACUAUAAGUACGUGCAUAGCUUCUUGGUUUCCCAUGCAGCUUCCAUGGCCACUCCUUCCCACUCUCUCCUCCAUGCAUGGCUUCUUCUCUUCUUCACCGUCUAUCUUGUGCCAUCGGCACUAGCCGCUCGGUCCACCUAUAUUGUCCACAUGGACAAAUCAGCCAUGCCCAAAGCAUAUGCCAAUCACCACCAUUGGUAUUCGGCCACCAUCAAAUCUCUGAGUCCCGCUACUGCAGGGGAUCAUGAACAGAGGCUUGUUUAUGUAUAUGAUAAUGCCAUCCAUGGUUUCAGCGCCGUCCUCUCUCCCGAGGAAUUAGAAGCUCUCAGGCAAUCACCAGGCUUCGUAUCUGCAUACAAAGACUCGACAGUCACAAUGGACACAACCCACACAUACGAAUUCCUCUCUCUCAAUCCAUACAUCGGGCUAUGGCCUUCAUCUGAUUACGGCAAAGAUGUCAUUGUUGGAGUGAUCGACACUGGUGUCUGGCCAGAAAGCGAUAGCUUCAAAGAUUUCGGAAUGACCAAAAUUCCAGCAAAGUGGAAGGGAGAAUGCGUGCCAGGAGAAGCCUUCAAUACUUCCAUGUGCAACCGCAAGCUCAUCGGCGCACGCUACUUUAACAAGGGCUUGAUCGCAAACAACCCCGGUUUGAACAUCUCCAUGAACUCAACGAGGGACACAUAUGGGCAUGGGACCCACACAUCAUCAACGGCUGCUGGGAACUACGUUCCAGGUGCAUCGUAUUUUGGUUAUGCCAAGGGAACUGCAACUGGUGUUGCUCCUCGUGCUAGGGUGGCCAUGUAUAAGGUCACCUGGGACGAAGGAGGCUACAAGUCGGACAUCCUCGCAGGAAUGGACCAAGCGAUUGCAGACGGAGUAGACGUGAUAUCGAUCUCGAUGGGCUUUAAUCACGCUCCCAUGUAUGAAGAUCCUGUCGCCAUUGGGUCAUUCGCAGCCAUGGAGAAGGGCAUACUAGUCUCAUCUUCGGCAGGCAACGACGGUCCAUCCCUUGGAACCCUACACAAUGGAAUUCCAUGGCAAUUGACUGUUGGGGCGGGCAGUAUUGACCGAGAAUUCGUCGGAACGUUGACUCUCGGCAAUGGGUUGACCAUCAUCGGUCGAACUCUAUUUCCCGCCAAUGCAUGGCUGGUGGAUAUGCCAUUGGUCUACAAUGAGACCUUCAAAGCAUGCAAUUCAUCCUCAUUGUUGUCACAGGCCGAAGGUUCCAUUGUGGUGUGUGAAAACAGCAGUUCGGUCUACUCUCAAAUCUCUGAGGUUUCUCAGUCAAACCUCACGGGAGCGAUAUUUAUAUCUGAUGAUGAGCGAUUUGGGUCUUCUUCUUUCCCAGGAAUCGUAAUUAAACUGACUGACAGCAAGAAACUCAUAUCAUAUGUGGAGAAUGAUGAUAAUCCAACGGUAUCAUUGAAAUUCCAACAGACCAUUGUUGGGACGAAGCCUGCCCCGUAUGUCGCCGCGUAUACUUCUAGAGGUCCUUCAUGGAGUUAUCCUGGUAUAUUGAAGCCGGAUAUCCUCGCCCCUGGUUCAAGAGUGUUGGCAGCUUGGCCCUCGAAUGCACCAGCGGCAUUGAUUAGGCCUCGUUUAAUCUUGUCGAGUGACUACGUCCUCCUCUCCGGGACAUCUAUGGCUUGCCCACAUGCAUCUGGAGUAGCUGCAUUGUUGAAGGGGGCCCACCCUGAUUGGAGCCCAGCUGCAAUCCGAUCUGCCAUGAUGACCACAGCAUGUCCACUUGAUAACACUCACAAUCCAAUCUUAGAUAGCGGGAAUUUCUAUGAACCAGCCACUCCGCUCGCCAUGGGGUCUGGCCACAUUGACCCUAACAAGGCACUGAACCCGGGCCUUGUCUACGACGUGGAUGAACAAGACUACAUUAAUCUCCUUUGCACAAUGAAUUAUACCACUGAGCAGAUCUUAACAAUCACUAGAAAUUCUUACCAAUGCUCGAAACCAUCAUCUGAUCUCAAUUACCCAUCUUUCAUUGCUUUGUUUGGUAACAGUUCUUCACAGACCCAACAAUUUCAAAGGACGGUGACCAAUGUCGGAGACGGUGCAUCAACUUACAAGGCUGAGUUGUCUGUUCAGGCAAAUGGGUACUUUGUUAGCGUCCAGCCCGAUACACUUGUGUUUGGAAAGAAGUAUGAGAAGCUAAGCUUUACUUUGACUGUGAAGGACAGUCCUGAGAGGAAAGGGGAAAUUUCAUAUGGAUAUCUUACAUGGGUGGAUGAUGGGAAGAAGCAUACAGUGAGCAGUCCUAUAGUAAUUCCCAACUUUCAAUAUGGGCUGUUAAUCUUACAUGCAUUGCUUCUCCUCACCAUUCUGAUCAUGUCCACAUCAGCUCAACGGUCCACGUACAUCGUCCACAUGGACAUGUCGGCCAUGCCCAAGGCCUUCUCUAGCCACCAUCAUUGGUACACCGCCACCCUCGACUCCUUAGCUGUGGGCACCGAUGUGGCCCACCCAAUAAUUCUCUAUGCAUACGAUCAUGCCAUCCAUGGCUUCAGUUCCACCCUCUCACCAGCUGAGCUACAUUCUCUGCAACGUUCAUCAGGAUUCAUCACCGCCCUCCCAGAUACACAGGUCCAAGCUCAUACCACUCACACUUACGAAUUCCUCUCACUCAAUCACGAUUCCGGCCUGUGGCCCGCAUCAAAUUACGGUGAGGAUGUCAUAAUCGGCGUUGUGGAUACUGGAAUCUGGCCAGAGAGUGAUAGCUUCAGUGAUGAUGGGAUGACGAAUGUUCCUUCAAGAUGGAAAGGAGAGUGUGUGGUGGGUGAUGCUUUCAAUUCAUCAAUGUGCAACGAUAAGCUCGUCGGAGAUCGCUUCUUCAACAAAGGUCUCAUCGCAAACAUUCCCAGCAUUCACAUCGCCGUCCACUCUUCAAGAGAUACUGAUGGUCAUGGCACACAUACAUCAUCAACUGCUGCAGGCAACUAUGCUGAAGGUGCAUCAUUUUUCGGAUAUGGUUUGGGCACUGCAAGAGGAAUGGCCCCACGAGCAAAGGUUGCAAUGUACAAGGCUCUCUGGGAUGGACUAGACUAUGCUUCUGAUGUCCUUGCUGCAAUCGAUCAAGCAAUUUCUGAUGGCGUUGAUGUCAUUUCUCUUUCAUUGGGCUUUGGUAUACUUCCUCUCCAUCAAGAUUCUAUUGCGAUUGCAUCGUUUGCAGCCAUGGAAAAGGGUGUAUUUGUGUCCACUUCGGCAGGGAAUAGUGGGCCACAACUCUCAACAGUUCAAAAUGGCGCUCCUUGGUGAUUAUCAGUUGGUGCCAGUGCUGUCGACCGUAGAUUCGCCGGGACAAUGAUACUAGGCAAUGGUGCAACGGCACUCAACCUAGGCCUUGUCUAUGACGCCCAUGCACAAGACUAUGUGAACUUCCUUUGCACGAUGAAUUACACCAAGGAGGAGAUUGCAACGAUCACUCGGUCUACGUCUAAUGAUUGUUCACAUCCAUCGUCCGAUCUCAACUAUCCAUCGUUUAUCAUUGUAUCCAAUAAAAAUUCGACUUCUUCGGCAUCUGAUAAGAUUGUCAGAGAGUUUCAACGGACGGUGACCUUCGUCGGAGAUGGCCCAUCAACUUACAAGGCCAAACUGGAGCAAAUGGCUGGAUUUUCAAUCAGCAUCACACCAGAUAUGUUGGUAUUUCAAGAGAAGUAUGAGAAACUGAACUAACUGGUUGUAGAAGGGAACUUAGAAGGGGUUUGGGUGGUCUCCUAUGGGGCCCUCAUAUGGGUGAAUGAUGGUGAAAAGCAUACAGUGAGGAGCCCCAUAGUGGCUGCACUUCUAGCCUAA